CCAGAGGGACCCUACCGCUAUUGUCUUUCUCCUUGUAGCGUAAUAGGUUUUGCCUGUCAUUCCCACUUAAGUCCCACUUAUGCAAAAGAGGCUACAAUGCCCGCACCGUACAAACAGCUAUUGAUGAGAUGGCAGGACAUGACAGGCAAAACCUAUUACGCUACAAGGAGAAAGACAAUAGCGGUAGGGUCCCUCUGGUAACCACAUACCAUCCCGUCCUUAAGAACCUUAGCGGUAUCCUUCAAAAGAACCUACCAAUUCUCCAUUCAAACAAACGAAUGGCAGAGGUCUUUAAGGAACCCCCAUUGGCUGCAUACAGACGCCCAAGGAACCUGAAGGACAUGGUAGUAAGAACCAGACUGGACAACCCAUUACCUAACGGGGGCUUUAAAACUUGCUCUGACAGAAGAUGUCUUCUUUGUAAGCACAGUACUGACACAGACAGUUUUAACAGCCCCGUUACAGGCCGCAGCUACAAAAUACUAGGGAAUUUGUCCUGUCAUACUGACAACUGCAUUUAUCUCAUCAGUUGCAAAGUUUGCUCCAAACAGUAUAUUGGUGAAACAGGAGAUCUCCGCAGGAGAGUCAAUAACCACCGUUCGACCAUUAGGACCAAAAAACUCAAUGAACCCGUUGGGGAACAUUUCAACCUUGAGGGUCACAAAUGGGAGGAUAUGACAGUAGUGGUGAUUGACCAUAACCCAAGAUGGACAGAUGCUCAGAGAAAAAGCAAAGAAAAGUUCUGGAUGCACAGAUUGAAGUCAUUCCGCCCUAAUGGUAUUAACAAACUAAAUGACUUCACCAGAAUGAACGUAAACUAGACCCAAUUCCUGAUGAUACUAAACAAGAUUAUUCUCUCAAUUUAGUGUAAACUCUACAGUCAAUUUGCGUCACCAACUCUCGAACAACCCACAUAGCUAUGUAUUGUUUUCGCCUUUGUUAAUUAUUUUUUCCCGGUAAUAAGUCUUUGAAU